AUGAGCGUUACCGACGAUGGGCUAAACGACAUCUACGAAGCCCUAGAUCGCUACAAUUGGGACGAUGACAUCGAGUUCCAAGCCGGUCUGCAGGCCAUCAUUGGCAGUAACAGUACGCCAGAACAGAUGACCGAGCUAGCAUUACGCGCGCGAUGUUUCUAUUAUGCGAGAAAGUACAACAAGAACAUAGACUUCAAUGCCUACAAAGCCUACCGCAACGCGCGCAACCGACCACCCCCAACCCCACCCACCCCUCACAACGUCCUCGCCUCCUCCGUCGUAGACGAGAUGCUCCCACCCGGCACUACACCCAAUGCGUCCACGACCAGUCUGCCUAUCAGUACAGAACUACCUCCAAGCACCGAGCCAGGGGGCAUCAUGCCACCACCAACAACCGCAAGCGAACCACCUGCGCCGUACCCAACAUCAUUCGCACACAUUGUCGAGUUGAUUACCAGUGGGAAACCGGUACCCGGCAUUAAGGAGAUUCCCCCUACGGUGCUCGAGGGGCAGGGUACGCAGGCUACUAAGCCGAAGAGGAAGAAGCCAUGGGAGAAGGAUGAGGCGUGA